UAUAAAAAUUUAACCUUCAUGUCAUUUCUCUAGGGUUUUUCUUGCUCCUUCUUCUUCUUCCUCUUUCCUGCCCUCUGUCGGCUGCGCCUUGGCACAAUGACUAAAAGAACCAAGAAGGCUGGAAUUGUUGGAAAGUAUGGUACACGUUAUGGGGCUAGUCUGCGGAAGCAGAUUAAGAAGAUGGAAGUUAGCCAGCACAGCAAAUACUUCUGUGAGUUCUGUGGCAAGUAUGCUGUGAAAAGGAAGGCUGUGGGAAUUUGGGGAUGCAAGGAUUGUGGCAAAGUCAAAGCAGGCGGUGCUUACACAUUGAACACAGCGAGUGCCGUAACCGUUAGGAGCACUAUCAGAAGGCUGAGGGAGCAGACAGAGAGCUAAAACAACCACCAAGUUCAGUUCUGAUGGCGGCUUCACUUAACAACCCUAUCUAGAGUUCUUUAAAAUCAGGGGAUUUUGAUUUUAUUUUCUAGUUCUUUUUUUUUUAAGUUAUUUGGUUAAGGAUUUUGUUUUUGUUUAUCGGUAAUGUUGUGAACUAUACUAAAUUUGUUCAUUUAGGUGAUAUUAUCAAACUCCGCUGUUUUUAAAACCCUACCUAGUCCAGUAAUUAUCCAACUAUAGAUGCUGUUCACUUUGGUUUUUACUCUACUUGUAAUGCAUGUUUUAACAAAGAAUUCAAGUUUUCUUUUUCUU